AUGGAGGGUAUGGAGAGCAAAUGGAUGAAUGGGCAUCUCGAUGACAUACUGCAUCUGCUUGAGGUGUGCAAUAUUUUGAGAGACAGCAUUGCGGAAAUUAGGAAGCAGCACACGUGUGUGCAAGUAGCCAUUCGUGGCCUUGGCCCUGCUUUCACUCCCUCUGCCCAUGCCCUAGAAAGGGCACGCAUCGUCCUCGGCACUUGGCUGAGGAAGAAGAAUGACACGCACACCCAGCUGGAGAAAUGCAUGUCCAUUUUAAGGCGAAUGGCAGAGAAGAUCAACGUUGAGGAUAAAGCAGGAGUAGCAGAAGAUGCCAUCAAUAUCAACCAUGCCAAGGCCAUCACCAUCAUGGUCUGCUCUACCCUUGUCACUGCUCUUUCCUUCAAGACAUCCCACAUGAGGAUGCCAACUCUUCCUCUUCCUACCCAUCUCACUUCUCUGCAACACAAGCUCAAGUUGGCAUUUGAGAUGAGAAAGAGGUCAUUAUCAUCAUCAUCAUCAAGGUCCCUGCACGAGUUAGAGGCAGCAGAUAUUGCACUGGGAGAUCUCAACAAUCUUCUUAACUCCAAGUCCAAAUUGCAGUUCCCGCUUCGUCUCGCUCCUUCCACCUUGGCAAUCCAUGAGCUGGAGACUGCUCUUCCCCUCGUUGAACAUAAAAUCGACCGGCUAUUCAAGUUUCUCUUCUCUGCAAGAGUUGAACUUUUGAACACUCUUUCUUCUCAGUGA